GCUAAAGACACACUCAUCACGUCUGUAAUCGCAACACUAGAUUGUUGUCUUGGUUUCCCUGCCUCGAUUCCUUACUGAUGAGGGACUUUCGGCCCGACUGACACGGGGAGAUGGGGGUACUCAAUAUUUCAGACCAGCCGCCUCUGGUCCAGGCCAUUUUAAACCGGAAUGCAGAUGAAGUGAAGUUAUUUUUGCACAAGAAAGACGAAGUCAAUGCACUGGACCAAGAGCGCCGCACACCUCUUCAUGCUGCUGCGUGGCUGGGGGAUGUUCAAAUAAUGGAGCUUCUCAUCAAUGCAGGUGCGAAUGUCAAUGCAAAGGACCACGUGUGGCUGACACCGUUGCACAGAGCAGCUGCUUCCAGAAACGAGAGGGCUGUGGGGCUGCUGCUGAGGAAGGGAGCUGACGUGACCGCACGGGACAAGUUCUGGCAGACACCACUGCACAUUGCGGCAGCCAACCGGGCCACGCGUUGCAUCGAGGCCCUGCUGCCCCAUGUGACCAGCCUGAACAUGGCUGACCGCACGGGCAGAGCGCCCCUGCAUCACGCCGCUCAGAGCGGAUACCAGGAGAUGGUUAAAUUGCUGCUGAACAAGGGAGCCAAUCUGAGUGCCAGCGACAAGAAGGACAGGCAGCCUAUUCACUGGGCCGCUUACCUUGGACAUCUGGAGGUGGUUAAGCUGCUGGUGUCUCAGGGCUCUGAUAAGAGCUGUAAGGAUAAGCGGGGAUACACCCCUCUCCACGCUGCUGCUGCCAGUGGCCAUGUUGAUGUGGUCAAGUACCUGUUACGCAAUGGAACCGAGAUUGAUGAGCCUAAUGCCUUUGGAAACACUGCUCUCCAUGUGGCCUGCUACACAGGACAGGAGGCCGUAGCCAAUGAGCUGGUCAAUCGUGGGGCCAAUGUCAACCAGCCCAAUCACCGCGGCUACACUCCCCUGCAUCUGGCUGCCGUGUCCACUAACGGGGCUCUCUGCCUUGAGCUGCUGGUCAACAACGGUGCUGAUGUCAACAUGCAGAGCAAAGAAGGGAAAAGCCCUUUGCAUAUGGCAGCAAUUCAUGGGCGAUUCACUCGCUCUCAGAUUCUCAUUCAGAAUGGUGGAGAGAUAGAUUGUGUGGACAGAUAUGGCAAUACUCCUCUUCAUGUUGCUGCUAAGUACGGCCAUGAGCUGCUUAUCAGCACCUUGAUGACAAACGGUGCUGACACAGCCAGACAAGGAAUUCAUGGGAUGUUCCCUCUACACUUAGCUGUGCUCUAUGGGUCCUCUGACUGUUGUCGUAAGCUACUUUCCUCAGGUCAGCUCUACAGCAUUGUGUUGUCAAUGAGCAAAGAGCAUGUGCUCUCGGCCGGAUUUGACAUCAACACCCCAGACAACUUUGGGAGGACCUGUCUACACGCUGCUGCCUCUGGAGGAAAUAUUGAAUGUCUAAACCUGCUCUUAAGCAGUGGAGCUGACAUGAAUAAGAAGGACAAGUUUGGAAGGACUCCUUUGCACUAUGCGGCUGCUAACGGGAGGUAUCAGUGUGUGGUCGUGUUGGUGGGAGCGGGGGCAGAGGUCAACGAGCGUGAUCGCUCAGGCUGUACACCUCUACACUACUCGGCAGCAUCUACUGCGUUCUGCAGAACGGACCGACCCCAUGCCAGCACCCAUCAGAACCAAGAGGAUGGGGAGAAGGAAUCAUUCCUGUGUGUGGAGCAUUUGUUGGAUAAUGGUGCUGAUCCAUCUCUGUGCAACACUAAAGGAUACAGUGCUGUGCAUUACGCCGCUGCCCACGGCAACAAACAAAACCUGGAGCUGCUUUUGGAGAUGUGCUUCAAUACGCUGGGAGACAAGGACAAUAACGAGCUCGUCAGCCCACUACACUUGGCGGCGGAAUCGGGUCACUGGGAAUGUGUUGCCGUGUUACUUGAGUCUGGAGCAUGUGUAGAUGCGUGUGACCCGGUGGGGCGCUCUGUGCUGUUUGUCGCCUCUCAAAGAGGACACGCCCGCUGCUUGGAGCUCCUGCUCAGCCAAUCAGCAUCUUGCCUGCUCACCGAACACCGCAGCAAAUGGGGCCCUCUUCAUGUUGCAGCUGCCAAUGGCCAUUCAGAAUGUCUGCGAAUGCUGCUCUGUAGUGAGGGGGGAGCCGACCUUGUUAAUGUUACAGACAUGGAGGGACAAACUCCGUUGAUGCUGGCAGUGCUGGGGGGACACACUGACUGCGUUCAUCUGCUGCUGGAGAGAGGAGCUUGCCCUGAUAUGGGAGACAGGAGAGGAAGAACAGCCUUACACAGAGGGGUGGUGAUGGGUCGGGAGGACUGUGUAACCGCCCUGCUGUCCCACAAUGUCUCAGUCCUGAGCAGAGAUUUUCAGGGGCGAACCGCAGUCCAUCUGGCUGCUUCCUGUGGCCAUGUUGACAUUCUCUCCAAUCUGCUUUCUGCUGCUGACCACUCCCAUCCCCAUGACCCACUCACAGACCGCCAUGGCUACACACCCGCACAUUGGGCAGCCUAUCAUGGUCAUGAAGACUGUUUGGAUGUUUUACUUGAACUUAAACCAUGUAGUAUCCAGGAGGGAAACCCCUUCACCCCACUGCACUGUGCUCUCAUUAAUGGCCAUAGUGGUUCUGCAGAGCUGCUGUUGGAAUCCAGUGUUUGUAAUUCGCUGGUAAACAUCAGGGAUGCCAAAGGAAGAACCCCGCUCCACGCGGCUGCAGUCGCUGAGGACGUGGCUGGGCUGCAGCUGGUUCUGCGGCACGGAGCUGACAUCAACGCCGUGGACCAUUCUGGGCGUUCUGCACUGAUGGUGGCUGCCGAUAAUGGCCAAAGCGGUGCCGUGGCCCUGCUGCUGCACAGAGCCAAAGCUGACCUGUCUCUCCUGGAUGUGAACAAGAACACUGCCCUGCAUCUUGCCUGCAGCAAGGCUCAUGAAAUGUGUGCCAUGCUGAUCUUAAAGGAGAUCCACAACCCUAUCCUUAUCAAUGCAACCAACAGUAUGCUUCAAAUGCCCCUCCACAUUGCGGCCAGAAAUGGUUUGGCUACAGUGGUUCAGGCCUUGCUGAGUCGUGGAGCCACAGUGCUGGCAGUGGAUGAGGAAGGUCAUACGCCAGCCCUGGCUUGCGCAUCCAACAAAGCUGUUGCCGACUGCCUAGCUCUCAUUCUCUCAACCAUGAAGCCUUCCUCCUCCUCCCCUUCUUCCUCGUCACCCUCUUCUCCCAGCCUCAACCUGCUCAAGCACUGUGGCAUCACCGCCGCCUGCCCCCCUCUGCCCAAUGGAGGCCUUCGCCAUGGUUACGGCAAAGAUCGCCAUGGUGCUACCAUUGGCUUGGAUGGCUGCUUGACUGAGUGAGGCAUUCUUACUCGCUAAAAAAAAACGCACCACGUGCAAAAUCGCAAAGGGAUCUUGCGCAUGGUUGCUUAGUUUGGUCCUCUCUACACACUUAGAUAAAUCUAUAUGCAAUUACAGCCACACAUCCCUCUUGUGCCAGUGUCAAAGCAUUUCUUUACGUCUCAGUAGAGAGAGAACACAAGAGGAUGAAUUUAGCUAUUUAUUUAUAUUUAUUUCCUUGACUUUCCUCCCCCCGUCUGAUCUUAAAAGGAUAGUUCAUCCAAAUAUGAAAAUUCUGUCAUCAUUUACUGAUCGUAAUGUCAACCAGGUGACUAAAUAUGUCAAUCUGUAACAUUCUGCCUUGUUUGUUCAAUGGAAAAAAGUUAUAUGACUUUGUAACAAGAAAAGGAUAAAGCAUGACAGAAUUUUCAUAUUUGGGUGAACUGUCCCUUUAAAUCCUGUCCAUUUAAUAUGAGUGUAAUAUGUCUAAAAUCUGAAUCUAAGCCAUUUAUUUGAACCAGUAUCCAUCACUGGUGUGUCAGUCAUUAUUUUCUUCUCCAUUUCGGUCAAUUUGACUCUGUUAAUGUUAGAAUUAUGCAGCUGUCUCUCUCCAUGGUAACAGUGAUAAUGGAUCGGUUUCCAUAUCAUGCCUCCUAUUCGCGUGACGCUGUGGCCUUGCAUAGGAAUUUACAGCCUGCCCUGAGGAACAAUUUAAACGGGUUACACUAGAAUUGCAUGAAUUUGUGGGACCAUGUAUUUGAUAGUGGUCUUGUGUGUUUGUUUGUGUACGAGUGUGUGUGUGUAUGUGUGGCGUCCACUUUUGCGCAACAGUUUUUCAUCCCAUACUUGACUCUUACGUUUUGAGGUUUUUAUGUGAGGUGCAAUCUGAUUUAGCACAGAUCAGGAAAAAACAAAAACAACCUAACAGAAUCAUUUUGACAGAAGGGAAAACCAUACUACCUUAAGCCAAAAGACCAAUUACCUUCUAAUCGAGGGGUCUAAUAUAUAAUGCAUGUUUACUGUCAGAGAGAAAAGGAAUAGUGUUUGGAUGAGUUUUUUGGAAAUUUCGUAUCAGGUUUACAUUGGAGGUAUUUGCUAGUCCAGAUCACUGUUUGUAGGUGGGCAGAAGAAGAGGAGUCUUUAAGUGUCAUGAUAUCGGGCAUAUAAAACAUUACCAAGAUACUACACUAAGGAAGUAUAGAAAGCACAAAAAUGUCAUUACAGACUAUUGAAACUACAAGUGUCAUACACAGAACUUGCUCCUUGGGGCCUCCAGUUUUAUUUAUUUUAUUUUCACUUUUUGGGUUGGCAGGGGCUCAUAAAAUAUCUUCAGUUAAGUCUACUGCUUUGCUGGGUGAUAUUGCUUUAAUAUUUAGUGUGGAGUUGCUUUCACAGUGCCUACUGAAUUAUUAUUUUUUAUAUUUCUUUUAUUUUUGGUCUGUAAAUGGUCUUUCAGAGUCGAUAAAAUGGUGCAUGGGUUGACUAUUUCACUAUAAUCCAUUAUGAAAUGAUUGACUGAUAGUUCAGUUCAUUCAGGAAGAUCUGAUUGAUUCAUAUAUCAGAACCCAGUUGGGUUUUUCUGACUUGGAGGAGUGUAUGUGGUCAAAAUAUAAAUGUAUUUGUCAAAUUUUGUGAAUGACUGAUUAGACUGUUUUAUAUUUGUUUAUGGUUUUGGGGAGCAGUCAUGGGUAUGACCAAAGUUGAUCAAUUUCUAAAUCAAAUUUUAUUAAGAACUGAAAGAUAUCUUAAAAAAAAAAAAAAAAAGCAUUAUCUUUUAAAUUAAGUAAUAUACAGGAAAAUAUCUAUUCACCCCUGCUUUUUAUAAAAUGCUUCCUUAUUGCCAAAGUUAGAUUAAUUAAAGUUAAGAUUGUGCUUCCAAUAGGUUUUUUGCACCUAAACCAUGAAAUAAGAACAUGUGAAUGUGUGUUAGAAGCAUUUUUUUUUUUUUUUUUUUUUUGUGUGUGUGUACCACAAACAGGCAAUAUUUGCUCAGUCGGUAAUGAGACAAUCAGUUGAAAGGGCUUUUAAUUUUUUUUUUUUUUUUUUUUUUUUUUUUUUUUAACGAGCAAAAGCACUUACAUGUUUUUCACAAUUAGGAGGAGCUAUACAAAGUAAAAAAUCUAUAUUCCACCCUAACUGAUUCAAAACAUUUACAAACUAAUGCAUACGUUUGCCAUGAAAUGCGGACUUGUUCUCAAGUAUACCAAUACUGUUACUUUCAUUAGUUCAUUAUAAUGUUAAUGGUGUAGAUAAAGUAGCUUUGAAGUCUUGUUAUAGUAAGUGAUAUUUUAUUGGGGAAUGAAGGUGCAUUAGACAAACCAGAUAAACUAAUGUGAGACAUUUUAAAGGCCAUGUGGAGAAUGUAUUUACACGGAUUUCUGAAAUGACCUCUUUGUCAUUUUAAUGACAGGUUUUGGCUGCUACCAAAAGACUAUAUAGGCCUGAUACAAAGCACUUGUUAAUGAAAAAACACUUUUGCAUAUAUCAGCAUCUGUUCACAAGCUGUAACUGGGCAAAUCUCUGACCUCCGAGUACAAAUAUGCUGUGUUUUAAAAUUUUCACAGAGAAAUUAAUUCUAAUGGGCUACAUGACAGAGGAAUUUCCAUGUGGAUGAAGUUAGAUUAAUUUUGGUGUAUAUUUACCUGUAGUAUAUUUAAGCUUGACUUUAUCACUUACAGUAGUGUACAGUUUGGUGGAUGGAAGGAUUGUAUGUGUAGACUGCACAGGGUACGAUAAUGAAGUGCAAGUUAUGGUGAGCUUGAUGUUAUUUGCACUGCCAGUUAUACUGCUUGUAGAUGUACAAAAAAAAAAAAAAAAAAAAGGAUUAUUUAUAAAUUACAUAGGAUAGUCAUACCACAUGUAGUUGAGUUGGAAUGAACUAGUGCCCGUGGAGCCUGUGAGUAGUUCUGCAUUUCAUUUGGUGCAAGAAAAAGUGCUGCUUUUGAUUGUAUCUUGGAGCUAAUUUUUAUAGAGGCGAUCUUUGUCUGUUAUUAGCGAUAAGAAUUCUACUCAGCCAAAACAAACUAAAACAUACUUGCUUUAAAUCCUCAAAUUUGUAAUUGUCUUAUCGGCAUUGCACUAAAAUUGUUCAUGUUUUGUCGAAUGGAUGGUGUGAUGGUAGCAGCUUACUUCGUUGUUGGUGCGGAGCUUGCAUGCAUUAGUUUUUGAACAAUUCAGAACUUUGGAAUUUAAUGCUUUCAGAAUGUAUAAUAGACUGAGUUGUUGCAUUUGAUGUUCUGUAAAUGAACAAUAAGGGAACCAGUUACAAAGAGGCAAUUUCUGAGAGAAAAUAUGAGUAGAAUAUAACUGAUGUGGGGAGUUUUCUCCUCAAAAUCAUUUAGUGCCAUAACUUUUUGUUUCCUUUCUCAUUUUAAUACGUUUGUAAAAUGUGAAUGAAUGAUUCCUUUGGUUCGAUUUUUGUGUACGCAAGACCAUUACCAAAAUAAGAAGUCCAAGCUAACAUAAGCUACUGUGCCCAUUGUAUAUUUUUUCUUUUUCUUUUGGAAAUUCACAUAGUAUGCUAAAUAAAUAAAAAUGCCAGUACGUUCACAAUCAGACUGUCUCAAAAUGCCAGUAUAUUUUUAAUUAAGCUAUACUGAUGGGCUGGUUUGCCCUUGGUGGAGCUCCCCUCCACCCAUUGAAGUUGCUGAGAAGUCGAAGCUUUCAUUGCUAAGCCAUAACUUAGCAUUUGCCCUUAUCAAUUAAAAAGGCCGGAUUUGAGUCAUCCAGUCAACGGCUCCUUCAAAAACAAAUUUUUUUUAUGUUCCAUUGUGAUUAGUUGAAGGCAUUGAUAAUUUGGGGAAAUGUUUAUUUCUGCACAGUGGAAUUAUAAAAUGCCUUAAUUUUAUUAAAAACUGAAGGGCAGAUUUGAGCAUUUACCUAGGUUUUCUCAUUUUAAUCUGAAUCACCAAAUGAGCAAUUGUGCGUUUUUUUUUUUUUUUUUUAUUUUUUUUUAUACACAACUUUGCUAUGAAGGGCCAGCUUUCAUUGCCUGUUGACCAAGCUAUAAUGGUUGCAGUUACUUGCCGGCAGUUUAAAUAUGACACUUGGAAAAGUAGAGUUGUCUAAUAAUUGUAAUCAUUAUGUUGGAAAGCAGAUUAAUUGUAGCUAUCUCAGUGUCCUUAUUGUGUGUGUCCAUCCUUACAUUUGUAUUGAUAUCAUUAUUUUGUUUCUCACAAAGGUAUUAAUGGCUGAUAGAAUGUCUGAUUUACCUCAGUGGACCUCAGUGUCCCUUCUACUUGAAAACGCAUCCAUUUAAGGCAAUACUCAAAACACCCGUUUCAUUUAACCUAUAUCUAUCUCCCAACUUUUUGCCUUAAGAGGAAACGGUAUAAUUCAGCUGUCGCAGCACUUGAGAGAUUUCGCCGUAAACCUUGGAUCUCAUUCCUCUAGCAGUGAGAUUCAUUAGAAGCACACAGUUCUAUAGGUUGUCUUGCUGAAAGAUGCAUCAUAAUGGCUUCUGGCCUCAAAAUCAUAAUUUUCAGUAAUUAGGAAUUUUUGCACUAGAAGGUAUAUAAAUGUUACUUUCUUUUGUUUAAUAUAUGUGUGUCAAGUCUUUACCGUAGCACAUUAAAUGGAACAGCUCAUUUUGACCUUAAAAUUAAAAAAAAUGAGUCCUUGAAACUUUAAAACUCUAACAGAGCAAAUAAUCACAACAAAAAAAUGUUUCUCCUAAAUGAAUUGUCAGGUACUGAUUUACACUCUUGAACGUUUAACCUGAAUCUAUUAGAAAUACAGCAUUAAAAAUGUGCAAAGAUGGGGAAAAAAAUAACAGUACAAUGAACAAAGGAAGUGCAAGGUAAAAAAAAAUGGGAAUGGCUGAAGCAAAAAAAAAAAAAAGAAAAAAAAAAUAUAUAUAUAUAUAUAUAUAUAUAUAUAUAUAUAUUGCCCAAUGACAUUCUUUGCAAGCCAAGGUUAAUGAAUUUUGUCCCCAUUUUUAUUUCGUUAUCUUGAUUGCAACAUUUAGGUAGUAAAAACUUCUGUGGUCCUAUAAAAGCAAAUCUUUCUAACAAGGUAAAUAACAAGAGCACAAUACUGAAUUGUGCUAUAUGUAAUUCCUCAAGAAGUGUGGUCAGAAUUGCCUUGAUGUUGCAAUCUUACCUCAAACUAGUUGUCCUUAAAAUCUAUCGUGCUAUAUAUACUGAAACAUUAUUUUUAAGUAGGCUUUUAGCUACGCAUGCUCCGUGCAACUGGAAUCCUAAGGUCGCAUUCCUGAGGCCUUGUGAAUGGAGAACAUUGGAGUUUUCAGGAGGUGCUCUUGAACUUAGAUGAUGUCCUUCAUCCUGGCUUAGUGUUUUGCUUCAUACCUCUUAUUCAUUGAGUUAUUACUCUAUAAGCGCUAAUAUUACAAAUUGUAAAUCUGCUAGCGAAUGAAAUGAUAUAUCAGAAAAAAUAGCUGCUUUUUGUUGCUCUCACCAGCAGCUUGUUUUCAUAAGGCUAGUUAGAAGACCACCAAAGCCUGACUGAAUGGCUUAUCUGACAGGGCACGUAGGGAUCCCUUUAAAAUUCAUUGUUUCAUAUUUGACGAAAGCUAUGCAGGAAUACUUUCUUUUGAUCUCACAAAUUUGCAUAGUGCCACAAGAGAUAGCCCAAGCACUUCGUUCGCCGAUCACAAAACUUCAUCUUUAAAUCCAAAACGCUGUCCUGAUUUGCUUAUAGGCUUUGGUUGAGAAAAUGACUGCUUUGCGUGGCAUGCUGCUAUUUCUUUGGAGUCUGUAAGCAUCUUCAUCAUCUCUUAAAAGUAUAAUACACUUUUUGACAAGUAUGUGGGAUUGUGCCUUUUGUUAACAAGUACAUGCCACAGGGUAUGGUCUUCCAUUAACACCUUUAGUGAGCCUUAUGAAUGAACAACUGUUGUAAGAUUCAAAAAUAGCCACCAUCCACGUGGUUGUGUUUUGAGUCAUCAAAACACUCGAUUGAAUUUGUCACGACACCGCAGAUGAAUAAAUAAUAUUUGUAAGUUUAAUUCAACAGUAAUGAGAGAGAAAAAAAUACAAAAUAAAAAAAUAAACAUUUGUCCGGUUCUAGCUAGUGACCGGUUCGAACUCUAUGGAGAAACGUGUUUAGUUUUACAAAGUGUGAAUUCUUUAGCGAAGUAGAUGUUUGCCGUGUCGUGUUUGUGUGGUAAUGCAUCUGAGAUUAGUUGUAACCCAGUGUCUUGUAGAAUAUUGGCAUGACUCCUUUACUCUGUUGUAUUGACGUCAAAAGUAUCCACCUGAAAUGGACUGAAGUGCAAUAACUUUUUUGUGCGCCAUAGUAUCCUUAAUGGAGGAAAAAUGCCCUCGUACAUCAUCCAUCAUAUUUCUUCUUCUUCGAGCAGGGUAUUUUAUUUUCUUAUUUAUUUUUCGGAUUGUAGAAAACUCCUUCCUGCUUCGCCUCCAUAAGUGGCACUUUCUUGUGGAAUGUACGAUGGACUUGUUGGAAACUGUGAUGGGUGUCAAAGCCUUAUCGAUACUUCUUGUUCACUGGAAAGAUGGCAUAUCUGUUUGUUCAUUGGCUGAUUGGUCAGAGUGCCGUUUUCCAUAUACCCUCUCCAGCGCCACUGAAAGUCCGUGUGAGCUUUUGUGGCUUGAAAGCAUAAUUUGUGUUUGUGUGUGGGGGUGUUUAGACCUAAUUUACCUCUGAUCAUUUGAUUUAAUACCAAAAGCAAAGCGCAUUGCCUAGGAUUACAAUUCCUUCUAAUCGGAUUAGAGUUUGGAAAUGGUAUCUUGAAUGUUGUUAAACUGUGUUGGUCCUCCUUCAUUGUCACCAUUGACCUGUGAAAUAUGCAGUUUUAUUUACCCUACAUACAAUAUUUGAACUUUGGGCCAAAUGUUAUGUGGUACCAAAGAACCUUUAAUUGCUGGGCGAUUUUUCUUUUUUAAUUUGUCGAUGUCUGAACCAUCAAGAUCCCAACAUUUGCCAUUUAGUGUGUUUGUAAAUUCUCAAAAAAUUCAAAACAAUUGUACUUGUGUCAUAAUGCAACAUUCCUUUUUGAAUUUCACUGUACCAGUCAAAAUGGAUGUACCGUUUAAUAGUUGGCAACCAAUACUGGGAGACAUCUUCAGUAGUUUAGUCCAGAAUAACUUCAGUUGUAACUUUUAAGGUCCUUUGUUUUGGCCUGAAGCAAUCAAUGAUUUUACAUUUGAACCUGAAUUACAGGGAGCACACUGAAUACGUACUCUAGUAUUUCACAAAGUAGGACCAAUGUAUGUGUCUAUAGAGAUGGCCACUUGAUUUCAUUCAAGAACAAGCAAUACAAGCAUCAAGAGUCAAUUGUAUAUUUCUUAAGAUUUGUUGGCUCUGGCUACUAUUGGCCUUGCUAUUUAAUCUGUGGCACCUUAGGUUAACACCCUCUUCUUGUAACUGAAACUUAACAUAAAAGAUUUCAGUGCUAAGAGAGCCUUAUUUCAGUCAAACUGAAUGUGAAUUGGAUGAGUGCAGGAUUUGGCCAUUUUGAAAGGACUGACUUCAAUCAAGUGGACUUUUGAAUCCAGUUUCACUUGGAUCCACUGUCUAUAAGACUUUGCAAAAGUUUGCUGUUACACAAGCAAAAAUACUACACCGUGGCUACGUUUCCAUAUUCAAAACCCAAACGGCUUGGAUGGAAACCCUUUCUGAUAAAACAGGGUUACGAUCACUGCUUCCAAGCUCUGCUUGACAUGCCAAGUAUUUCGCUACCAGUUAAAAUUCGUAAUUUGCGUCGUAACAUUUGCACUGGCAUCAGACAAAGUGACUGUGAUUCAGUGUUCAAUAAAAACAAAAGUCACAAAACGAUGCACUAUUUACCUGAGUAUUUGACCUUUGAGCCGUUAGGUUGAAAUACGAAACGAUCCUGGACUUGUAGGUGGCAUUUGUCCGAUCCCAGAUUUUGUUUGGUGUUUCAACAUUGUAAACGUAGCGACCGAUCUUGUAGGGCAGCACCCAGUGUGUAUGUGUCUCCGUAUGCGAGUGUGAAAUGAACUGGGGUCAUAUCAAACCCUGUAUACCUCAUCGACAUAUCUGCAAAUAUUCUUAUCCUGUUUUUAAGUUGAACGUGUAGGAGAUACCAUCACCAGCAAACGCCUGGGACCAUUGCAGGGUCUACUACAUCACACCAAUUCUGUAUCAAUGAACAAGAUCGUAACUUGCUUGCAUAAAACACCUACCACUCUGCUUUAAGCCUCGCACAUAUCCGUGGGGUUACCAAGACUAUGGUUUAGAUUUAGCGAAACAUGAGGCAUUUUAAGUAGCAUUAUUCCUACCUCUGUGUUACAGCUUGAUGCAUCAAAAUCUCCACCAGUUGUUGAAAAAUGGAAAUAAAUAUAUAUGUAUAUGGAACAGAUAUAUAACUUAUAACCAACAAUCGGUGAUUUAAGACAACAGUUAGUGUGCUCGACUGUGUGUCUGUCUGUGUGUAACAUAUAUUUACAAGUAUACACAACAGAGUACCACUGGAAUGUGAAGCCAGACUGUAUUAUGAUUUUUGUGUGUAUUUUUCUUUCUCUUUGUAACUUUCUCCCCAUUAUAUUUCAAAUGAUGUCAUAUGUGUCUCGCCUCUAUCGCUCAUUUUUUUUUCUUUUUUGCUUGUUUUGACAAAACGGGAAAAAAUAGCCUAUACUAGCUGGCAUUUACAUUUGUACUAAUUUUUUCCCUGGUUUUGGUCUCUCUUUUCAUUUACACUCACUUCUAAAUGUUCACUGUGAGCGCUCUGAACUCAAGUUUACAGCUCUUUGUGGUGUGUAAGUGUAUCUGGUUGAGUUCAGUAGAGUGCAUGGAUAGUUGUGUGACUUUGGUACUGAAGCAACAACUCCAUUUUCUACUGGUGGUGGGGGUUUGAAAGGGGGUUGGUUAGUUUGAGUUAUGCACAUUCAUUUUGUUCAAGGAAAAAAAAGGGGGUAUAUGGAGUUCCCUAGCCUUACGCCCUUCCAAAACACUAUGCCGGUCACCGGCUUUAGUUAUAUCAGCCUCCCUACCAACUUUGUACCUGUGUACGUAUCCAUUUUAGACCUAGGUGCAAGCGGCAAAUUCGGUAGAUUCUGUCCAAAUCUGUCAGGGUCAGUCAUGUGACCCAUCCUAGACCAUUGGAAGGAGAACCCUCACCCUUUCAACCCCACAAAAAAAAAAAAAGACCUCAAGCCAUUCAUUUCCUUAUGUGAUAAUGCAAUCCUGAAAGCACUUUGCCUUGUUAAUUCAUAGUAUGAGCUUUUAAAUGGUUACUUGUUACUAACAGAUGUGAAACUCUGUACAUGUAUUUAAGUAAGAAAGAACAUAGUCAUUUUUUAAUUUGAGCUUAUUAAAAAUGAAUUGGUUUCUCUGACUUUAAAGACAAAAUAAAAAAAAUAAAAAAACUCCCAUAUGGUUUUAUUAGUCAGAUUCAUGAACUGCUGCAGCCAGUAGGUCUUGUCAUUCAGUAUCGUGGCUUAGAAUUGGUAAUGUUGAAAUAAAAUGCUAUUGCUACAUUCAA